UAUGUAUCAGCAAAAGGUUUCACAUUCAUCCGUUUUAUACACGUUUAUAUACAUCAAACAGAAACGCUUGCUCAAUGCACUCACCAUUUCAACUCCGGAAGAUGAAGCAACACGUGACGCCCCCGUCUUCAAAAUAAAAGGUCCUAAAUAAAAUUCCAAAUAAAAGAUACGUGUGUGCAAAAAUAAAUAGAUAAAUAAAUAGAUAAAUAAAUAAAUAAAUCACUCCAGGUAUCUUUAUUACACUCCAAGUAUAUUUACGUAGCUAAAAUAAUUGAUAUAAUGUUAAUGAAUUAAUAAAUAAUUCUGCAAAUAACGAAUGAUUCUAAAAACCACAAUAAAUUUUUAUUAAAAUAUAUUAUUUCGCAUAAUACAAGCUGUUUUUUUUAUUUUUUUUUUAAAUUAAAUUUCACGUCUCACACGAGCACACAGAGUGCGCGUGACAUGCCUCGAUAUAUAGUGAACACUUCUAGGGAACACGGAAGCGUUUGAGACGAGCAGGUCCGCGCAUGCGCAGAUCGUGUUUGGUUUUGACAGCACAGAGGAGGAGGUGAAAAUGGCUUCUUUUGCAGUUUCUGUUCAACAUAAAACAGCAAGCUAGCCUUGAGGGAGACCUUCCUGGGUGAUGUUUUGUUUAGCUCGGGAUUUGAAUGAGUCCUAAAGUAAUUUAUUUGACCUCGGAGAAUUUAGUUUUGUUUUGAAGGAAGCCUGUAAUGUUGAAGAGAUGCUGCAGUUAGGAGACGCUGUGACCUGCUUUUCGGCUGUGUUUGUGCUCGUGUUACUCGGGACCAGGAGCGCAGUGUGCUCAGUGGGCCUCACCGCGAUUCUCUACCUCUUCCUAGUGGUCUUCCGUUUCCCACAAGUCCCUGCGAGCCUCGCCAGGCAGGUGCUGCGGCCCGGGAGGCUCGCGCCUGGCGGCGUGUCAGUGGUGGCUCACCGGGCCGGUGCUCACGACGCACCUGAGAACACCAUAGCAGCAAUAAGAGCGGCCAGUGCGAACGGCGCGACGGGGGUGGAGCUGGACUUGGAGUUCACUGCCGAUGGCGUUCCCAUCCUGAUGCACGACGAUACCGUGGACCGGACCACCAACGGAUCGGGACCACUGAGCAAGCUGCGCUUCUCAGAGCUUGGCAAAUUGGACGCCGCCGCCAAACACAGACUCCGUGACCGUUUCCGUGGAGAGAAGGUUCCGACUCUGCAGGAGGCGGUGGAGGAAUGCAUCAAACACCAGCUGAUCAUCUACUUCGAUGUCAAAGGUCACCCAGAUGAGGCUGCAGCAGCUCUGAAGCAGCUCUACGAGAAACACCCGGUGCUCUACAACUCCAGCGUGGUGUGUUCGUUCGAGCCCAAAGUCAUCUACAGGAUGAGGCAGGCUGAUCGAGACGUCGUGACGGCGCUGACGCAUCGGCCGUGGAGCCUGAGUCACUUUGGCGACGGUUCACCGCGGUUCUCAUCGGCAUGGAAACAGCACUGGAUGCAGGCGCUGGACGUGCUGCUGGACUGGGCGCAUCAUCACCUGCUGUGGAAGCUGUGUGGCGUGUCGGCGUUCCUGCUGCAGAAAAACUACAUCUCCAUGGACACGGUGCAGUACUGGGCUGAGCGUGGCGUGGAGGUCGUGGCCUGGACUGUGAACACGGCCGUAGAGAAGAACUUCUACCAGCAGCAACUGAACAUCAACUACAUCACAGACAGUCUGACGGAGGACUGCGAGCCGCACUACUAACACGCACACACACACACACACACACACACACACACACACAUAUAUAUAUUAUCAACUUAAUUUCCAAAGCAAAUGCACACAGCAUUUGGCCUUAAAUUAUUACUACCAAGAGUCAUCAGUUUAUAGCGUGUAGUAAACGUGUUGUGAUGUACAGCAUUCGAACACGUUUUAUUUUCCUCUGGGAGUUUUCUAGUUAAGUACAUGAGUGUAUUUGUUCACGUUUUCAUGGUACCAGCAGCUAUCGGAAGGUGCUAAGAUAACAUCGCAGACAAGAACCUGGGACAAAAUCGAGACUAGAGUACGCCACAAGGCGGCGCUGAAGUGCUGCUUUGAUCUUCGGUGCGCUCCAGUACGGAAAUACGGUAGUUACACUGUUACGGCGUGACGGCGGAGUGUAUAUCGACGUCAGAAAACGUUAUUUCUCGGUACAUCAUUUGUCUUGACGUGCGCCGUUAGCGCAGGCUGCUUUUUAAAGAGGAAGUGAUGUUCAUCGAGUUAACUACUGAAGGCAGAGAGCGAUCCUAAUCCUCAGGUCUUCAAGCAGUUUCAGAGCAAACGGAGCAACAGCACUGUCGAAUUCUCGGUUCUGAUUGGUCGGAAGUUGUUGAUUUAUUUUUCUGACAGCUAAAAAAAAAAAAUGCUCCAGAUAAUCCAAGUCUAAAUGUAUAAUAAUUGAUAUUCAGGAUUUUGUC